AUGACAGAACCUAAAAAAGAAGCUAUUGAGGCAAUGUCAGAAUGUGGUCUAAGACCAAUGGAGUCUUAUAGGUAUAUGUCAACAGAAACUGGCGGAGACGACUGUGUAGGUCAUACGAUGAUUGAUCAUCUAAACUACUGCUACAAGUUAAAAAUGAAGCAAAUUGAUGGCAAGGAUUCACAAACACUAGUGAACAAACUGUAUGACAUACAAUCAAUAGAUCCCGAGUUCUUUUUCAGAGUAAGACUCAAUGCUGAAGGAAAAGUUGAGUGCCUAUUUUGGAGGGAUUCUAUGAUGAGAGAAGAUUACAAAAUAUAUGGAGAUGUUCUAGUUUUUUAUACUACAUUCAGAACCAAUAAGUACAAUCUCAUAUGUGCUCCAUUUGUUGGUAUCAAUAACCAUUGGAAAAACACAAUGUUUGCUUGUGCUUUCACUGGGGAUGAAACCACAGAAUCUUUCGUUUGGGUGUUUGAAACUUUUCUGAAGGCUAUGGAAGGAAAGCACCCUAUAUCAAUUUUCACUGAUCAAGAUGCAGCUAUUGCUGCUGGAAUAGAACAGGUUUUUCCUUCUUCAAGACACAGGUUAUGCUUGUGGCACUUGAGUAAAAAUGCAAACAGUAGGUUUGGUUUAUUGAAGUCUGAUAAAAACUUCAAAAACGCAUUCUACAAGUGUUUAAGUGGGUGUAUAACACCAAAUGAUUUUGAAGAAACUUGGAAAUCUAUGAUCAACACUUUUAAGCUGGAAAAAGAUGACUGGUUCAACAGAUUGUAUGGUCUUAAAGAAAAAUGGUGUACAGCUUUAAGUAAAGAUUUUUUUUCUGCCGGUAUACUUUCUUCACAAAGAAGUGAAAGUACAAACCAUGCUGUUGGUUUUAAAGCAAAUAAAAGUACAACAUUAACAGAGUUCUAUAGUAUUUUUCAAGCUACAAUAAAUCGAUGGAGAAAAACCGAAGAAAAAGACGACUUUGACUGUACAAGGGGAAUACCAACUUCAGAGCUAAGUAUGAGUGCUAUAUUAAAACAGGCAGCAAAUGUAUACACGAUAACACUUUCCGUGAUUUUGAAGAAGAGUUCAAGCUUUCUGUGGCAAGUAGUACAAUGUUCAAGGGAAGUGUAG